AAUUUAUUCCUCUUCGCUUUCAAAGCAAAUAUUUCGUGGUCAUUCACGUGAAUUUAUUGCUUUGGUGGUGUUGUUACGAGAGAAAAGUGAAUCCAAAUGAGUGUUUUGUGGAAAUAAAAGUGAAAAUAAUAGUAGUUAAAAACAAAAAUAGUGUAGUUUGAAUUCAUUGCGGUGAAAAUGGAAGUGUUUCAGACGGAUAACUACUAUAUUUUCGUGAAACGUGAAAAAAGUUUGUGGUGGCAUCGCAAGACAUCGGAGUUUAAAAUCAAAGCUGGCUGGGAUCUCUCCUCUGUAGAUGACAUUGAGUGCAUUGGCAUUACACAUGGCAUCGUGGGCGUCAUCAAUUUACCAAAUGUGUACGAACCACAUUUGGUGAUUGUAAAGGAAGCUACUCCCGUCGGCGUACUUUAUGCGCCCAGUUUGGUGUAUAAAAUCAAAUCUAUUUGCAUUUUAAGCGCCGAUGAACCAGACACAGUAUUGACAUCCUGCACAAGGCACACGCGAAGCGCCAACAGCACUCCUACCCACUCGUCCUCAUCGAAUACUUCCACUACGGGUAAUACCAAUAAUACGCCCGCCCCCAAAACAAAACUUUUCGAGGGUGCGCAGUUGAUGAAUAAAACAUGGGGCGCUGUGAAAAUUGCCGGCAACACUAUCAAGAAUACCACCCAACAAGCGGCCGCUUUGGCCUCGAAUCAAAUGAAAUCCUCUGUGGGCAUACGCGAUCCAUCGCGCAUAGCGAAGCGCAUCACAGAGGAGCUGCAUAAAAUAUUCGAUGACACGGAUAGCUUUUACUUCAGCUUCGACAGCGACAUCACCAACAACUUGCAGCGUCAGAGUGCGGCUGGCGAGCAAAAACAGCAGUAUGAUGAGCGUUUUUUCUGGAAUAUGCAUAUGAUUGCGGAUAUUUUGAAGUUUAAAGACAAUACGUGGGUAUUGCCGAUUAUACAAGGAUUCGUGCAAGUGGAGCCUUGCGUGAUAGGUAAUGAAUGCUUUACGUUGGCGGUGGUUUCGCGCCGGUCACGACUACGCGCGGGCACAAGGUAUAAGCGUCGUGGGGUGGACGAACAAGGCAAUUGCGCAAAUUAUGUUGAAACGGAGCAAAUAUUGUCUUUUCGUCACCAUCAUUUGUCCUUUACGCAGGUGCGCGCUUCCGUGCCCAUCUAUUGGAGCCAACCGGGCUAUAAGUACCGGCCACCGCCACGUCUUGAUAGAAGCGAGCAAGAAACGCAGGAGGCAUUCGAAUUGCAUUUUGCCAAAGAAAUAUCAAUUUACGAUGGUGUUUGUAUUGUCAAUUUGGUCGAGCAGAACGGCAAGGAGAAAUUGAUUGGCGAUACGUACGCAAAGCAUGUGAUAAAACUCAAUAAUGAUCGCUUAAUUUAUGUCACUUUUGACUUCCACGAUUACUGUCGCGGCAUGCGUUUUGAAAAUGUUUCUGCGCUUGUGGAGGCGCUUGCGACUGAAGCAGGUGCUAUGGGUUUUCAUUGGCGUGACCAGCGUGGUGUUAUUUGCAACCAAAAAUCAGUAUUUCGUGUUAAUUGUAUGGAUUGUUUGGAUCGCACAAAUGUCGUUGAGACAGCAAUAGGAAAAGCUGUGCUGGAAUCGCAGCUGGUUAAGUUAGGCUUAUCACCUCCAUAUACACCGAUACCCGAGCAAUUGAAAUCCCCAUUUAUGAUACUAUGGGCAAAUAAUGGCGACAUAAUAAGUCGGCAGUAUGCGGGCACAAACGCACUGAAGGGCGACUAUACUCGCACCGGCGAACGCAAGAUAAGCGGCAUGAUGAAGGAUGGCAUGAACUCGGCGAAUCGUUUCUUCAUACAAAAUUUUGCUGAUUCCUUCCGGCAAUGUAUAAUCGAUUUAAUGCAAGGCAAGCUAGUCGAGGCCAAUCAAUUGAGAGAGGAUGAAGUUAUGAAGACAAUAUUACACAUUCUCUGCCCAUCUACACCGGCGCCUACACGCGGUUACUAUCAUGCCGGUGUGCUCGGUCCGGAAUUGCAUUUUCUGGAAAAUAUCGUAAACGCCAGUUACUAUCUCGCGCGUUUUAAAGAUUCCUAUCGUCAAGCCACCAUCGAUUUGAUGCUCGGCAAUCAAGUUUCACCGGAGUCGUUGAAUGCGUUGGGCGGGCAGAAUGUACCAGAUGAAACAGAUGCGCUGGAGAGCGCCGAGCAAGCCAAGUUGCUAGUGGAGGAUUGUCGCCGCUUGCUCUUGGGCUCAGCUCAAUACCCAGUGGGUUCGUGGGGUCUUAUAGAUGCCGAUCCGACUACUGGUGAUCUGAAUGAAACUGAGGUUGACACGGUGCUGCUGCUCACCAACGAUUGCUAUAUUGUCGCCGAGUAUGAUUCGCAUUUGGAUAAGAUUGUACGUUUUGAAAAGGUCCAGCUGCAAAAUAUUACACUGAUCGAAUUGGGGAUGUAUCAGCAAACAAAAUUGUUCCAGGGCACGGCGCCAGCGCUGCUCUGUUUGCGGCUGAACUACAUUGUCGACGGUGUGGAUGGCUACUUCCAUAUGUUUCGCUCUGCCAAUAUACGAUUUUUUAAUAAUAUGGUUUUUGUGAUCAAGACGCAGGAUGAAGUUAUGGAGUCACUUACGGCCAUCGUUGAGAUGUUCCGCAUAGCACUGGACAAUAUCGGCAAGUCCGAUGUGCGCUACAUUACAGGUGGUGUAUUGCAACGGCGCAAGAGUAGGAAUCCAUUGCUCGAAGUACCGAAGGGUAUGCCUCGUAAUCUCUCCGAAUCUCAACUGGUGCAAUUUAGCUCGAAAGCAAUCUCCAAUGUUGCCGGUCAAUUUUCUAAAUUGGGGCAGUCGCUUAAUCCGAAUAAAAAUAAGAAUCUCAAUGCAAACCCAAACGCACAAAAGCAAACGAAUGAAAUAGCUAAAAUAAAUCCGCAAGUUAUGCGCCAGUCGGAAACGUCCAUCGAGCAUGCCGUUGAAGCUGAGAAGGCCAUGUUUUCGGUGGGACGAGCACAACGCAAUUCGAACAGUGGCAGCGAUACUGAUGAAAAUGACAGCAGCAUUUAUGAGCCCGAACUGGAUUCGGAUGUAGAUUUUGCAAUUGCUGCAACCAAUGUGGCCGCCGGCAAGUCGGGCUUUAACCAAAAUGAUUUUUUGCCCUCCGUUGGCAUUGUAAUGGGCAACACACUGGAUGGUGAACAAUCGUCAGCGUCCAUCGGCAAUAUGGAUCAUUUAGUGCAAAAGGAUAGCAUGAUGAAAAAUAGCGAAGAUGUUUAUGCCAUUUCAAUAUCAUCGGUUACCGAUCAUGUCACAAUGCCCACCGGGCUGUUGGAGAAUGCACCACCCAUACGUCCGAUUACCCCAAAUCCGCAAAUUUGUGUGCAAGCCGAUAUGGAUGCACAGGGAGCAGGCGGCGUAGCGCAACGUACCAGUGAAGCAGCUAAAGAUCUCAACCUACCGCUUGGUACUGCGUCAAGCGAUUCUGGUAAAUUUAAACAAUUGGCAAGUCCAUUAUCGCGGACAAUGGUGGUGAGUCCUUUAUCGAAAUUGGCAAAAGGUAUGCAAAACAUUGGCAUGAACCUGGAUCCACGUAAGAUUGCAUCGAAGACCGGAGUAUUGUCACCGACAAGCGCCUCGGCGGACAGCACACCACCAUCGGAAAGGCAAAGUAAUCGCGCUCAAUUGCAGGAACUAUGGGCGGAGCAUCAGUGCAGAACCAAGUUGAUUGCAUUGUAAAGGGAAUCAUUACUAAGAAGGGAAUAGUUUUUAGUGUUUAAGAAAAAAUUGCAGGAACAAGGAAAAAAGGGCAUAGAACUAAAAAGCGCACGGCCUCUUACAACAACAACAAAAAACACCACAUUCAAUAGCAGAACAUCCUUUAAAGUGGGCCUGUUGUGCUAAAAUAUGUAUGCUUUGUGAGAAUAGUGCGGGUAUACGCAUAAAAUAUUAAUAUUUGAGGAAUUUUGUAGUAGUCAGUUUUGCAUGGAAUUAUAUAUUUUUUAUGCAUGCAUAUCUUCCAAUUACCUAAUGUAUGUAUGUGGGAAUGCGUGUGAUAGCGCACUGCCGCUUUGUGUGCGUUUUGUAGUGAGUUCUUAAGCGCAAUAACUUAAGCCGAGCGCACUUUUUAAUUAAACAUUUUUUAUGUGCUUACCAUUUGCAUGAAGCGUUUUCCCAUUUUUUUAUUAGUGUAACUAUAUUCUAUAUUAUUAAGUUAAAUAACUAUCUUUAUGUAUACAGUGUACUUGUUCUUAACGCACACCUCUUUUAAGUGGACACCUCCCAUUAGUGGACACUUUUUCAGUACCGCAAAAGUCCUUAUGGAUUUUCUAAACUAUUCUCUUUUGAGCGGACAACCUUCCAAUAACAGGACGCGGACACUUUUUUCGCUCACCACAGAUAUUUUAGUUCUCUCAUAAGCGGACAGCUUACAAACUCUGCCUUGGAGUUGUCAAAAUCAUUAAAUUUGUUAGAUGUUGUUUAUUUCAUUCACAAAGCGUCGGAGCAAGUGAGUCCAGUCAAAAAUUUUUUAGGGAAAGCUCAUUUUGAGAAAACAAAGUUGCCUAAUGACGAUAGGAUGAGCUCUCACUAUCGGCAGUUGCUCCGUUCGUCAACAUUAUUAAUCUGGCUCAGAAAAAAAUUCGCGUUGACGCCGAAACUCUUAAUUUAGGUUAUCAAAUUUUUAUAAAUAAUGAAGAAAUGAAAAAUAUCAAUACUGAAGUGGCAACUCUCGUUGGCCAACUUUUUUGAUGAUGAACUAGAAAAUGAAAUUGCCCACCCGUUAACUUUUUAAAUGAGGCAAGAGAGAGACUGAAUUGGAGGAAGAUUGUUGAUGAAGCUAUGGUCCGCCACAGACUGUGAAGCUAAGAGAGAGAGAGAGUUAACUUCUUAUAGCGUCUUCCAAGUUGAGAUCUGCGCUAUAGACAAAGCAGCAAAAACGAUAAGACUAAUGGAUUUAUCUCCGGCAAACUUUAGCAUUUAUGUGAAUAGUCAAGCAGCGAUGAAGGCACUAGCCUCAGCUCAAGAUGUGUUAAAGAAUGUGGGAGGUUCUUCCGGCCUAUCCAAGAAUACAACACCACCAUUUGUUGGGUGCUCGGCCACUCUGGUAUGUGCAAAGAAAAAUUCUGAGCUUGACCUUCAGCGAGUGGUAGAGGACAUAAGCAUUCCUCUGAACGAACUCUACACUGCGAUCGACUUGAGCGUAAUCGCGGAAACCAAUAGCAGAUGGUCUCUGACUACUAACCGUAGGGUUCCCAAAGCGCUCUGGUCAAAACUGUAUCCUAAAAGGACAAAAUAUCUGUUUGGGCUCAAUAAAUCAAUCACCAGCGUCCUUACAGGUGUUAUAACAAGCACCCUAGCCAGUAUAAUGGGUGUACCUCACAAUGACUUCUGCAGGAAUUGAGGAGUUGAAGAAAUUGAGUCGGUUCAAUGCCUACUCUGUGAAUGUCCUACACUUCUUCGAAGAUAUGGAAAAUUUGCAAAAUCUCACACUGGCGGUACUAGUUACCUUCUUAAAAAGAUCUUAGUGGCAACUUAGUUAGGGGAUGGAAAUCAAAUGCAGAAAUCUUAGGCUCACCGAGCGUCUUGUCUUAGACAAGCAACCUGGCUAACCUAACUUAACCUAACUUCUUGGGAAGAGGCUCAUUUAGCAGCGAGAAAAUUAAACGCUCUUUCUUUGUAUCAAAGUGACCUCAGGGGUCUUGAAUUGCUUAGUGAUCUUCAAAUAAAUUUGAAUACCAUGCAAGGAAAAAUUGUGUUUUACAUUUCGGGUAUAUCUCUUUCGUAAUGAAAAUUUUGUUUAUUUUGUCAAAUAUUUAUGUGUAUAUCUGUUCUGGUUUUGGAAAUAAAACUUAUUAAAUAUUAAAUAUCAGUCACAAAUUAGUUUAACUUUUUUUACACUUUUCUUAUAAGCCGACGCCUCCCGUAAGAGUAAUUUUUUCAGUCCCUAGGUGUCUGCUUAAAAUAGGGUACACUGUAUAUAAAUGUAUGUAUAUUAAGGCAGGUAAAUUGUUUUUGUUUUUAUAUCGUUAUUAGCAGAUUCGAUUUCUAUAUAGAAUUCUAAGAUAAACAGUGCGCUCCAAAGCUUAUUUCGACCACCCAAAUUUUAAGAGAAGCUAUCUUUUGUGAAUACAAAGCAAUAUGAAGAUUAAUAUUGACCAAAGUAUUAUGAACGUUUUUUUUAAUACUAACUUAUACUUUGGAAUUUUUACUACAAACCAUUUAUUUUUAAUUUGUUUUUUGUAUUUAAAGAACCCUAUGCUGGCUCUACAAAGCAAAUUAUAUGUUUUUUUAUUUUGUGGUUGUAUGUAUGUAAUUUUUUUUAUAUAUAAAUCAAAAUAAA